GAUCUGUUGAAUAGCGAAUGACACCUCACUUUACGCUUCCUUGCCUUCCUCCAUUCAUCAUCUCUCUCCUCCAACAUCAUCAUCAGAAAAUUUUCAAAAAAAAAUCCAACCUUCUUCUUCCUCCUCCUCAUUUCUUCUGCCUGUUCUCCAAGCCAUGGAGGCUCCUACGCCUCACCUCCUCCUCUUCCUCCUCUUCGCCAUCUCUUCUUCCCUCACCACGUCCACCGCAGAUGACGGAGCAGCAAUGCUCGCAUUAGCUAAAUCAUUCCGACCUCCGCCGUCAGACUGGUCUACCACCUCCUCCACCGAUUACUGCAAAUGGACCGGCGUAAAAUGCACCUCCGGCCGCGUCAAUUCGAUCAGCCUCGAGGACACAUCUCUCUCCGGCGGACUACCACCAGAGAUCUCCACUCUCUCCGAGCUCAAGACUCUCACUCUUCAACGUAACAAACUCUCCGGUAAAAUCCCGUCGUUCGCUAAACUCUCCUCUCUUCAAGAAAUCUACCUCGACGAGAAUCUCUUCGACGGAGUUGAGCCCGGAGCUUUCGCCGGACUCACCAGCCUCCAGAUCCUUAGCAUAAGCGAUAACCCUAACAUCGCCGCGUGGAGCUUCCCUUCGGAGCUCGUGGAUUCUACUUCUCUAACCAGCGUCUCCCUCGACAACACCACAAUCUCCGGCGUCUUGCCUGACGUUUUCGACUCCUUCGCUUCUCUCCAGAGUCUCCGCCUCUCCUACAACAACAUCACCGGCGCUUUACCUCCCUCGCUGGCCAAAUCUCCGGUUCAGAAUCUCUGGAUCAAUAAUCAGGAAUCCGGUUUAACCGGUACAAUCGAAGUUCUUUCCGGUAUGACGUCGUUAUCACAAGCCUGGUUACAGAAGAAUCAGUUAACCGGACCGAUACCGGAUCUCUCGAAAACCAAUCUCUUCGAUCUUCAGCUCAGAGAUAACCAGUUAACCGGAAUCGUAUCGCCGUCGCUAUUACCACUCGGAAGCCUCAAGAACAUUACUCUUGACAGCAACAAGUUCCAAGGUCCUCUUCCUCUGUUUCCACCGGAGGUUGCGAAAGUGUCCGCCGAGCAUAACUACUUCUGCACCGCCAAAGCAGGAGAGAAUUGUGAUCCUCAGGUGAUGACGCUCUUAGCUGUGGCCGGAGGUUUGGGGUAUCCGUCGACGUUGGCUGAGUCUUGGCAAGGAAACGAUGCUUGUAGCAACUGGGCUUAUGUUACUUGCGACUCAAGUAAGAAGAAUGUUGUCACGCUUAAUGUUGCCAAACAUGGAUUCGCCGGAGUUAUAUCUCCGGCGAUCGCAAAUCUCACUUCACUCAAAAACGUUUACCUUAACGACAACAACUUAACCGGUGUUGUCCCUAUAGUUUUGACAUUUAUGCCUAGUUUGCAGCUUAUCGAUGUCUCGAACAACAAUCUCACCGGAGAAAUACCAAUUUUUCCGGCUCAGGUCAAGUUUAAUUACAAACCUGGCAACGUUUUGAUUGGAACUGACAUCGGAGAUUCUACAAACGGUGGUGGUCCUGGUGGUGGUAGUAAAGCUGGUGUGAUCAUCGGUGUGAUCGUAGGGGUUCUUGUUUUCCUUGCUAUUUUAGGAUUUGUGGUUUACAAAUUCGUCAUGAAGAAGAAGUAUGGGAAGUUUGGAAGAACUGAUCCUGAGAAGGCCGGGAAGCUUAUGGUUAGUGAUGAUAAGAAUGGAUAUGGAGCUAACAACUUCAAUGCGUUGAAGAGUCCUAGUAGUGGUGACAGUGGUGGUGAUCGUUUCCCUCUUGAAGGUGGAAACGUUACUAUUCCCAUGGAGGUUCUUCGUCAAGUUACUAACAAUUUCAGUGAGGCUAACAUAUUGGGAAGAGGCGGCUUUGGCGUUGUGUAUGCCGGAGAGUUACACGAUGGGACCAAGACUGCGAUUAAGAGGAUGGAAUCUUCGUCAAUGGGUGAUAAAGGAAGGAACGAGUUUCAGGCCGAGAUUGCUGUGCUCACUAAGGUCAGACAUAGACAUUUGGUUGCUCUGUUGGGUUACUGUGUGAACGGGUACGAGAGGUUGCUUGUCUAUGAGUACAUGCCUCAGGGGAACCUGGGACAGCAUUUGUUUGAGUAUCAAGAACUUGGGUACUCUCCUUUGACAUGGAAACAAAGAGUGAGUAUUGCUCUAGAUGUGGCACGAGGUGUGGAGUAUCUCCAUAGCUUGGCUCAGCAAAGCUUCAUCCACAGAGAUUUAAAGUCUUCUAACAUCCUUCUUGGUGAUGACAUGAGGGCAAAGGUUGCUGAUUUCGGUUUGGUUAAGAACGCACCGGACGGGAAGUACUCUGUUGAGACGAGAUUAGCAGGCACAUUCGGUUAUCUAGCACCAGAAUACGCCGCUACUGGGAGAGUAACGACGAAAGUGGAUGUGUAUGCAUUUGGAGUUGUUCUUAUGGAAAUGCUAACGGGAAGAAAAGCAUUAGACGAUUCAUUACCAGACGAGAAAUGUCAUCUAGUUACAUGGUUCAGAAGAAUCCUAAUCAACAAAGAAAAAAUCUCAAAGGAACUCGACCAAACCUUAGAGGCAGACAAGGAAACACUGGAGAGCAUUCACAGGGUUGCUGAGCUAGCAGGACAUUGCACAGCCCGGGAGCCACAACAGAGACCAGACAUGGGCCACGCGGUGAACGUGUUAGGCCCACUCGUGGAGAAAUGGAAACCGACGAGCCAGGAACAAGAAGAGAGUUUCGGGAUCGAUAUGAACAACAUGAGUUUACCUCAAGCUCUACAGAGAUGGCAGCAAAACGAAGGAACAUCGACGUCAAUGUUCGGUGGAGACUUCUCUUACUCUCAGACACAGUCUAGUAUUCCUCCUAAGCCUUCUGGUUUUCAUAGCACGUUCGAUUCAACUGAUGGUCGGUGACAACAAACUCUUGUGUGUUUUCAAAUCGAUGUUACUUUUGUGUGUGUGUGUUUUAAUAUUUUUUUUUUUUUUUUUUUUUGAAUGAAUGUUAAAUUUAUUCAUGCAAAAACAUAUUUACAU